AUGGCUCCUUCGGAGGAAUCUAUCCUAAGCAAUUUCUUGCUAUCUCCCGCCUCUCUGCCGACCAUCGUCUCGCUGCAGAAAUUCACUGAGCUUUUCCCAAAGCGCCUGCAAUCGCAUCCUCAGGUAAAGGUUUUGUACCGCGAAUUGCAGGAAUUGCGCUCUCAGGAUAUGGAUAUGAUCACGGAAAAUAUCCUCAAUGAAGUCCAGGCCAGUGAACAACCAAAGGCCGACUUGCUGGCUGCUGCAAAAGCAUCGGGCGUCCAUGGCUUUGGAGAUGAUGAAAAUCGCGAGACGAAGCUUGAUCUUGAGUUUUUUGGACAGACAUCAACGACUCAUGUAGUGGAACAUCAUUCAUUUCCAAGCCUUCUUGCUGAAAUGGAGAGUGCCUGUGCUGCUCUGGAGCGAGAGAUCGUAGCUACGGAACAAAAAGUGACUACUACUCUGGCUACAGUAAAAAGGACUGUGGGUGAUCUGAGCGAUCUUCGUUAUGGCAAGCUGAACAAGCCUGGGAUUACCCCCGAGGAGUACACAGAUGAAAUUGUUCGCGGUCUACACGGGCUCCGAGAUACUUGCGACCGCGCCAACAAUAUAAAGUGA